UACUUCUUGUGAAUGAUAUUCCCACGUUUUUAAACUUUUUUAAUCUUAGCAUUUAUAGUUUAUUGGGAUUGGCCAGAGUAUUUGAUAAAGUAAGCCCCUGAUCUAAUCUUAUUUGAGAAAGUAACCAUCUGUUGAAACCUUAAUAAUAGAUCCAGAGGAGAAAGCUAUGGUGAUUUCUGUAGAUGAGAACCCUUCUUCUACUGUAGUGGAGGGAGCCGCAUCAGUUAUUUCUGUUCCCAAUGACGAAAAUGUCAGGGAUGAAACAGCAUUGCCACUCCUCAGCGAUCUCUGUGAGAAGGCUGUAUUGGCUUACUCUCCAUGCUUCGCAUUCUCCCUACUACCUGGUGACCUUAAGCUCAAGAUACUCCAGUUACUUCCUAGUAUUGAUGUUGCGAGAUUUGGCCGUGUUUCUUCAGAACUGAGAUUUUUGUGUUCCAAUAAUGAUUUGUGGAAACAGAAAAUAGGGGAGGAAUUUACAGAGUCAGAGUACUCACGCUGGGCUUCUAAGUCACUUUGGGCAGAAAAUGAAGAUUGGAAACAAGCAUUUAUAUUGUGUUGGAAGCUUAAGAAAAAGUAUAAGCGGUUGACACAGCUAUAUAUGGAUUUUCCGAGAAGGAACAGGGAUUUUAGAAUGAAUCUGUUCAAAAGACAAAGGAUGGUGUGAGUAGAUCGUCAUCUAUUUUGUGUACAUUAUGAAAGUAAUGUACCUUACGAACCAGACUACAUAGAUCAUUUGGUGACUUGUUUGCGUAUUUCAUGCUUCUUCAGCGGCGAUGCUCGACUGUGGAUCAAUGGAUACGGUAUGUGUCUUAAUGUGUGUAGUUUUUUUUUUAUUGUACCUGUAUAUCUAUUUAUUUGAAUGUUAAUUGGAUUUCUCCAGUUGUGAACAAGAGUCAAACAAUAUUCAGUUUCCCCUUGCUUACAUAAGCAUCUUGAAUGAAAUUCUAUCUCGUUUGGUUGCACGU